AAACAGUUCGGCUUAAAACAUAUCGCCUACCUUUCUUCUCUUCUCUCUCUCCUCUUUCAAUUCUUCGACAUAUCAUCUAUUCCUCUACUACUUGAGUCGUUUGCAGAAAGAAAAAAAAAAACAAAAAAACACAUAACUGAUACUCAUUCACUAUUCGACAUCUAAAAAGUAAAAAGCAGCAGAGCAGGAAAUGGGUGUCAACAAAUUAGUCCGAAAUGUAAUGAUCCGGUCAAAGACUUGGUGUAACGAAAUGAGAUAUAGAAAUAGAAAUGGUAUGAAAACGACAUCGUUUUCAACAAUCUCGAAUUCAUCGUAUCAUUUGAACGGUGGACCAUCAUACAUGCGUGGAGCUGUUUUCUGGGAACCAAAUAAGCCUUUGACUUUUGAAGAUUUUGAAAUGCCGAAACCCAAAGUCAACGAACUUCUUAUCAAAACCAAAGCUUGUGGUGUCUGCCACUCUGAUCUGCAUGUGCUCAAAGGUGAACUCCCGUUUCCUAGCCCCUGCGUUUUGGGGCAUGAGAUCACUGGUGAGGUUGUUGAACACGGGCCAUUGACUGACUCUAAAACAAUUGAAAGGCUUCCAGUCGGAGCUCGUGUUGUGGGUGCUUUCAUUAUGCCUUGUGGUAACUGUUUUUUCUGCACUAAGGGCCAAGAUGACUUGUGUGAAGCUUUCUUUGCCUAUAACCGAGCAAAAGGAACACUCUAUGAUGGGGAAACACGACUUUUUCUCCGUGGCAGUGGAAAACCAGUGUAUAUGUAUAGUAUGGGUGGACUUGCUGAAUAUACUGUAGUGCCAGCACAUGCGUUGGCCGUCCUACCUCAUUCGCUUCCUUAUUCUAAGUCUGCUGUAAUCGGCUGUGCAGUUUUUACUGCUUAUGGGGCUAUGGCUCAUGCAGCCCAGGUUCGCCCAGGUGAUGCUGUUGCUGUAAUUGGUGUUGGUGGUGUAGGAUCAAGUUGCCUGCAGAUAGCACGCGCAUUUGGUGCAUCUGAGAUUAUUGCUGUGGAUAUACAGGAUGAGAAACUCGAGAAAGCUAAAUUGUUUGGAGCCACUCAUGUUGUAAAUUCUCGAACAGAAGAUGCAGUCGCAAAGAUCAAAGAAAUAACUGGAGGGAUGGGUGUUGAUACUUGCGUUGAAGCAUUGGGAAAUCCGAAAACAUUCAUGCAGUGCGUACAAAGUGUAAGAGAUGGCGGAAAAGCGGUAAUGAUUGGUCUUACACUUUCUGGAGCCAAAGGAGAAAUAGAUAUAAACCAUUUGGUCCGUAGACAGAUAAAAGUAAUGGGCUCCUAUGGAGGUAGGGCCAGACACGAUCUUCCAAAGCUGGUGAAAUUGGCAGAGACUGGCAUCUUCAAUCUCGAUGCAGCUGUCUCGAGAAAAUGCAAGUUUGAGGAGGCAGGGAAAGCGUACGAGGAUCUAAACAAGGGAAGUAUUAUAGGCCGUGCUGUGGUUGAGAUAAUGUAAUUUGGUCAACCUCCAAACGUUAAUUGGGCAACUAUGUCCUUUCGCUUCUUGUUAAUAAAUAAAAUUUCUAAUUUAUUCUGUAGAGUGAGUUAGUCUUGCGUCAUCGUGUCCUGAACGAUACUGAUUGUUGGGUAUUUGAAUGGUUUAUUCACGAACCUUUAUGCAUUGACCAGUUCUGACCUGGCUGCUAUGUAAACUAACAAGGGGUGUAAAUCCUAGAUAAUCUCGCUAUUUUCGCAUUAAAUUUUGUUAGAAAGUUGAUUUGCCAA